CUUUUUCCGUUUCGCCAUUUUCCUCCUCUACGCCGGAGCUUGAGCUGGUUGUAACCUCGCUUCGCAGUGUUUAAACCUGUCGAGAGGUGACGGUGGGAAAGGAGACCCACCAGCUCUCUCAUUACUCGCAUAAAGAAAAUAAACUAGCCAGUCUUGUAGCUCCACCGCCCGAGGAGAAGAGCCAGAAUGUCGUCUGAGGAGAGCCCCGAGUACUCGCCUUUCUUCGCUGUGAUGGGAGCCUCUGCGGCCAUGGUCUUCAGCGCGCUAGGAGCAGCAUAUGGGACGGCAAAGAGCGGCACGGGCAUCGCUGCCAUGUCUGUGAUGCGGCCAGAGCUCAUCAUGAAGUCCAUCAUCCCCGUCGUCAUGGCUGGUAUCAUCGCCAUCUACGGGCUGGUGGUAGCUGUGCUGAUAGCAAACAACAUCUCUGAGACAGUCACUCUGUACAAGAGCUUCCUGCAUCUUGGUGCUGGUCUGAGCGUGGGCCUGAGCGGUCUGGCGGCCGGCUUUGCCAUCGGCAUCGUGGGUGACGCCGGAGUGCGAGGCACCGCUCAGCAGCCUCGGCUUUUUGUGGGCAUGAUCCUGAUCCUGAUCUUCGCAGAGGUGCUGGGGCUUUACGGCCUCAUCGUGGCCCUCAUCCUGUCCACAAAAUAAGUGUCUCCAUCCAACCCCCCAUCUCAUUCAUCCACAUCAGAGCAGCAAGAACAAAUAGGAGAUUUUCACCUUCUUCCAUGACACCCUGUGGAUCUGACAGGAUGGGAUGGCAACAGAAAUAUGUUGGCGGUCGCCUUUGACCGCUUUGUUCUGAGUAGAUGUGAUCCAUUCCAUAUUGUUUGAAGCCAUCCGGUUGUGUCAGGUCUCGUGCGUGCAGAACGGGCAUGAACAUGUACUGUUUGUCGUGAGCUGAUGUGUGGACAGUCUGCCUGAUGUAUCGUCUAAUCUUAAAAUUGUACAGUGAUCCAGAGUCCUCCCACCCUCAGUAAAUGUAGUAACCAGUCUGUGACGUGCGUGUGAAUAUCAACGUUUACCCCCUCGGCCCAUUCCGCCCCUCCACCUUUGGAUUCUCGUCUUUUGUUGGUGGUUUUUACUGGUAAUCGUCAUUCUUUGUUUUGAGACUGCUGAAAAGUUGUGCACGCUAGUAUUUUAUUUGUUCAUGUUCUUUUCGGGGACCAUUCUUGAAUUUUUUUGUUUUUUUUCUUCACUGUUGGAAGUUACAAAGAUUUUGAAACUGUCUAAAUGGAAAACCCUAUAUACAUAAAAUAUAUAAAUUAUGUGUGUAUAGUUAGAUUAUUUGCACUGUGGGUUAUUGUUCUAAGUGCUCAGAUCUCUGGAUAUCGUGUGAAUAUUAAUGAAGAAUGUUCACAUGGAGCUCACACAGUGUGUGGGUGUGUGUGGGUGGGUGUGUGUGUCAGAUAUUUGAGUGCAGUAUGUGUGUACGUGGAUUUAUGGUGGAUAUGACAUUUUCAGACACUAGUAUUGUUUACCUGUAGUGCUGCUGUCUUUAUUUUUUGGGUUGUUCUUUUUUUGUUGUUUAAAGUGAGAGUUUACUGUUCAGCCAUGCCUGUCAGAUUUCCAAAUAAAACUCAACCACCUCCAAAA